GCCCCUUUCGGUUUAGUUAUGAAACUAAAAUGGUUGAGAAAAUACGUGUCAAGUUCGUUCUGCUGAAAAAAUUGAAAAAUUCACAGAAAAUUGAGUGAAAACCCAGUGAAAAUCAAAGUGAACAGGAGAAUAAAACACCCUACAACAUGGAUGUACAAUCGGAUGAGCUCUGCAACGACCUUCUGCCCAACUUCGAUUUGGACGUGGACUUGCCCAUGAUUCUGGAUGAAGUGGAGUCCACGUUGAUGAAAACGGAGCCUCUAGAUUUUCCACUUCUCAAUGAGACACAAAUCAAUGGCAAUGACACAUUUCAGUGGUCCGCCGAGACUGAGCAUACCUUUCCGGACAUUGAUGAUUUUGAUAAAGAACUGAAGAAUAUUAAUCCCUAUGAUUUCCUGAAUGAUGUCAUUGUUGAUCAGGACAUUAAAGUGGAGACAGAGACAAUACCCCGGAAUACCCCUUCUCCCUCCAGCAGCUCCGGAUUUUCUGAUGUCAGUGACAGUGUCACGAGUUCAGUAACGAGUUCUUCUGGACAAAAAGUUCCAGAUACUCCUCCAUAUUCGCCUCCCUCGGAUUCUGUUGAAUCUCCCAUGUCCUCUCCUAAGCCCAUUUAUUUAUCACCAGUGCAAGAUAUUAAAAUAGUCCAGGGAACACUGAUUCCCAUCACAGCAGUUCCAGUCUCAUUCACACAGAAAACUCCUACUAAUCAACCUCUGAGAACCAUUAAGAUCCAGCCGAAGCCUGUGACACUGGCUGGAGGUGUCCUGAAGGCAACUAAUGCUUCUACCAAGAAGACAAUUGUCCUGUCACAGCAAGAAUUUGGGGCUCUGAUGCAAAAAGCCAAGACAACAACGGCUUCAGCUCUACCCCAAAAGCCAAUAAUUGUCCCCAAGACGUCAACAGUGAAGAUACAACAGCCAAAUGUGCUGCCGCAGAUAAAGACAGAACCAGUUUCGGUGGAUUAUGGAACCGGAACGGGGAUCUUCUCACAGGGAAUGGAUGAGAAGACGCUGAAGAAGCAACAGCGAAUGAUUAAGAAUCGAGAAUCAGCGUGUUUGUCGCGCAAGAAGAAGAAGGAAUAUGUGACAUCGCUGGAGACGCGAGUGAAUGAGUUGACAAAUGAAAAUGAAAGGCUAAAGCAUGAAAAUCAUGAAUUGAGGAAACGAUUGAGCGCCAAUGAGUGCAUAAAAUGCGCAAGCAAUAAAUUCUUAAAAACAAAUUUCACAACACUGCCCAGGAAGAAUACGGCGAUUCUUCUAGCGUGUCUUUUUGUCGUGUCCUUCAAUAUUUUCCCUCUGACGAAUUACUUAACGUGGAAUGGGGCUUCAAGGGGAGGAAGUAUUCCAGCACCGGAAGCUUCAAUGGGCAGAAGAUUGCUGUGGAUGGACGAUGUGGAUGGUCAAGAUGCUCAAUUGGAUCCAAAUACAUCACCAUCUCAGCCAAAUCUCUAUCCCAUUUGUCCAACCAGUCAGUAUGUUAAUCAGACGGAGAGUAUUCGGAUUGCCAGUGAGCUCAGGAGGUGGAUUGGAGAGGAACCAGACAAAGGUGGAGAAGGUGAUAAAACAAUGCAGCCAACCAUUGAGAUUGAGAAAAAACCAGAAGAUUCUUCUCUGGUCUAUGUGCCCAAGAAGAGCAGGAUGGUGGUGAAGAAGAACACAAGGAGCAAGAGGAGAGUGAGGGUGGCCGGAAAGGAAGAUACAGCCCUCGAAGGAGGGAAUCAGGUGCAAGUGUUCAAACCCAAAGAGAAUUCAGUUAAAUAUGCGGAACUCUUUGAGGAGAUUCGCCGAAGAGAUGACACAUUCUACGUUGUAUCUUUCCAUGCUGACCACCUGAUGCUUCCUGCCUUGGCUCACAAUAAAACCAGAAGGCCCAGGAUGUCCCUUCUUCUGCCGGCUGUUGGAAUAAAUGAUUCCAUCACGACAGAUGCAAUGACAAUGAUGCAAAUUGAUUGUGAAGUAGUUGACACAUCAGUGAUAAGAGUGAGGCAUAAAUUAAUUCCUGAACACUUACGGACACCGAGCACGCGAUAUCAGGGCAAUUCAUCGAACAGUGGCAAGAAUCAGGCGAAUCCGUGUGCGACAAAAGGUGAUCUGCAACAGAGAAAUAUUGGAGAUGGGGAGCAACCGCUGGCGCUGAGAAAGCCAUUCUUCAUUGAUGAUCAAGUGAUUGAGAAGACGACACAAUCCAGUCGAGAAUUGGAGUUCACAUAAGACUUUGUUUUUUGUCUAGGUGAAUUAUUAUGCGAGAUAUACAGGUUGAAAAAAAAUUGGUGGUGGUUUGCUAAGGAAAAAAAAUGUCAACAAAAGACGUUGAAUUCAGUGAAUUUGAUUUUUCGGCAUUUAUAAAAAAAAAGAUUAUAAUUUCAUCACAUUUGACAUUUUGAAGAAUUUGCUUUUACACUGUGUGUAUUAUCAACGUCAUUGGGAAGUGCAAGAAAAAUGAAAAAAUAGAAGAUAAAAUGCAAACUGUUUUUUUGUUUGGAUAACUUAUUCAAUUGUAAGAGUUAAUUUCGUCGAACACUGCAAUGUGAAUUAUUCACGAUCUCUGGAGGAUUUUGCUUAUCUUUAAUUUAAAACUGUUUGGUAGUUUAAUUUCUUAAAGCAGAAAAUUGACUUAAGAAAUAUUUGCACAAUAUUAAUAUAUUGAAAUAAAAUAUUGAUCUUUUGAUUGAAAA